AUGCUGGAUGGCCCGUUAUUCUCCGAGGGGCCCGACAGCCCCCGGGAUCUCCAGGAUGAGGAGUCGGGCAGCUGCCUCUGGGUGCAGAAGUCCAAGCUGUUGGUGAUUGAAGUCAAGACUAUUUCCUGUCAUUACAGUGGUCGCGUCCCUUCUCGACAGUCCAUGGACAUCCAGGCCAGCUACUGGGCCCGUGGGCCCCAGAGCCGCACGUGUAGGCUGCGCCCGGGAUCCCCGGAGCCGCCACCCCGCCGACCCUGGGCCACCAGGGUGCUGCAGGAGGCGACCAACUGGCGGGCGGGGCCCCUCGCCGAGGUCCGAGCCCGGGAACAAGAGAAAAGGAAGGCGGCGUCGCAGGAGCGGGAGGCCAAGGAGACCGAGAGAAAAAGGCGCAAGGCUGGCGGGGCCCGACGGAGUCCCCUAGGUCAGCCCCGCCCAGAGCCCCGGAACGCCCUUCGGGCGGCCCAACCAACCGGGUUCCCAGUUUUCUCCAGACCCGAGCGCUUCGGGCAGGUGGGGCGAGCGCCCCGUCCAUCCGCGUUCCCGCAGAGUGACCCAGGGGUGGCGUGGGCAGGGCCAUGGGGAGGUAGGAGACCAGGGCCCCCUAGCUAUGAGGCUCACCUGCUGCUGAGAGGCGCUGCAGGCACAACCCCAAGACGCCGCUGGGACCGGCCGCCACCCUAUGUGGCUCCACCUUCUUACGAAGGCCCCCACAGGACCCUGGGGACUAAGCGAGGCCCGGAGCUCUCCCGGGCGCCCACCUCAUCAGCCCCAGUUCCAGCCACCACCAGGACAGAGGCAGGGCGCACGAAGAAGAGGCUAGAUCCUCGAAUCUACCGGGAUGUUCUAGGGGCUUGGGGUCUCAGACAGGGACGGGGACUCUUAGGAGGAGCUCCAGGCUGUGCAGCGGCCAGAGCCAGGCCAGAGUCCUGCAAAGGGCCGAUAGAGAAAAGCUCGGGCCUAGCUGCUGCUGGCCUGAACAGUUGUGGCGACGGCCAUCCCCAAGCCAAAGCUACUGGCAGUUCAGGCACCAAGGCAGCUCCCGCUGGGUCUACCAUCCGCACCCCGCCAUGUCCUGCUCCCAGGUCCAGGCAGCACCUCAAGGGCUCAAGGGAAGGGAAAGAAAGAAGUGAAUGUAUUUGGCUUCCCAAGUCUUGGCUUUCCUCCCCUAAAAAGCCUCCAGUUAGACACAGCCAGACUCUCCCCAGACCCUGGGCUCCUGGAGGCACCGGGUGGAGAGAGUCCCUGGGUCAAAGAGAGGGGACAGAGCAUGAAACCCUGGACGUCUGGAAGGCGACCCGCCGCGCCCACACCCUGCCCCGCAGUUCCCGAGGCCCCUCUGGUAGAGAAGGCAUCUUUGUCAUUGACGCCACGUGCGUGGUGAUAAAGUCCCAGUAUGUUCCGACCCCUCGCACCCAGCAGGUGCAGCUCUUGCCCUCUGGGGAGCCGUGCAUUGUGAGCGACAGCCCCGGGCAACCCCAGCCCUGCCAGGAGGAGGGCGAGGGGGUCAAGGCCAAUCCCUCAGCUUGCCAGAAGCUGCCGGUGAGCAGUCGUAUCCUAAACCAGCCGGGCGGGGGGCGCGAGUGCGAAGCUGAGGGAGGAGAGCAGGGCGAUUCUUCCCUGGAGGACCGCGCCUCCCGCGUUUUAGGGUUCCCUGUCGGCGGCGAAGCGAACCUACGAGACGCCCCCACGCAGCCAGGUAGCCCUGAGCACCCGGCCUUGGGCCCAGCGGCUCCGGGCUGCGCGGGCAGCGGGAAGAGCUCGGAAGCGGCCGGGGUCCUGCGGCGCACGGGCGGGGGCUGGCCGCGGACUCCAGGACCCUACGCCGGGGCGUUGCGGGAAGCCGUGUCCCGCAUCCGCCGCCACACCGCCCCGGAUUCGGACUCGGACGAAGCCGAGGAGCUCAGCGUCCAUAGUGGCUCCUCUGAUGGAAGCGACACAGACGCCCCAGGCGCCUCCUGGCGGAAUGAGAGGACCCUGCCUGCGGGUGGAAACACCCGGCCCAGGGAAGGCGGGAAGACAGCCGGGCUGAGCGACCGUAUCCGGGAGACUCCAGAUGUCAUCGGUCAAACCGAGGAAGGCCUCUUCGGAGAGGACACCAGGAAAACGCCACAGGGGAAGCGAGAGAGAGAGUGA